AUUCGUUAAUCCGUAUUGAGGCACAGCAAUAAGUGAUUUUUUCGUGAUUUUUAUUGCGUGAAGAUUAAAUGUGUGUAUGAUCGGAAACGAUCGCUAUUCUGUUUGGUUGACGUCGUGAGCUAAGAUUGUCGCGUAAACACGCAGAAAGGACGGUCAUGUGAUAGGGAAAGUGAGACGUGUUUUUUGGUUUUUCGGAUUCGUUAACCUUCUCGGGAAUGGUAUACAUCGAAUAACAGAAGCGUGAAAGACGUUUCUUGGAAAUAGAAUCGUGUCGUGGCCACCUAACACAAUAAACGUGGCGCAGGUGAGAAAGUGAAAGAGAGGAUAAAAGGAAAAAAAAUACGCGAAGGCGCGAACGGCAAUGUGCAAGAAAAAAAGUGUGCGUGCUACAGUCAGUAAGAAGAACGCAAGAGAAACACGGCAACGAUGACGGAAGGCGGACCGAACAUAAGCGACCUGAUGACGAAGAACAAGCAGAGGAAUUGGCGGCGUUUGCUGGCCGGCUGCUUGGUCGCCGUUGUCGUGCUCGGCCUAGUCGUCGCUGCGGCAAUUCUUCUAACCGGAAGCCCGGAUUCCUCUGGCACGAGACCGCCAGCUGCACCUGGUAUUUCCCUUGAAGAAUGGCUCGCGGGUUCGUUAUCUCCGAAGAGCUUCAACGGCACGUGGAUCAGCGGAAACGAGAUACUGUAUCGCGAUGAAACUGGAAAUCUGUUGAUCUAUAAUGUCACAUCGAGGAAGCCAAGGAAAAUCCUCGACUCGAGUAACAACGCACUGAUCUCGAGCUUCGAUCAUCAGCUCUCGGCUGACCGGAAGUAUCUGCUAUUGGCUAUCGAUUACCAGAAGCUCUAUCGGCACACAUACCUGGCCCACUACAGGAUCGUCAACCUGGAGACCUUGGCAGAGGCGUCACUGACGGCGAAUGAUUCGAUAUCUUUGCAACUGGCCAGUUGGGCGCCGCGCGGCAAUGCGCUGGUCUACGUCCACCAGAACAACAUUUAUUACAGGCCGGAGGCGGAAGUGGCCGUCGAGUAUCAAAUCACGGACACCGGGGUCUUCGGGACCAUUUAUAACGGAGUUCCAGACUGGGUGUACGAAGAGGAGGUGUUCGGCUCCAACAAGGCUUUAUGGUUUUCGCCGAGCGGCAGUAAACUGGCCUUCGGUUACUUCGACGACUCCCAUACGCCGAUCAUAACGAUACCGUUUUACGGGUACCCAGGCAGCCUGACGUUCCAGUACACGUCCGCGAUCUCGAUCCAUUACCCGAAGAGCGGCACAACCAAUCCCACGGUGAAGUUGUUUUACGUCGACUUGGAGAAGGUGGUCCAGGGUAACGUGAGCUUAACUGAAAUCGAACAUCCGGCCGAGUUAACCUCCCAGGAGCGGAUUUUAUCCGCUGUCGCUUUUCCUACGGACAAUCUCGUGUACGCGACCUGGAUGAACAGGGUGCAGAACAGAACGUACUUCCAUUACUGCUAUGUCCACAAGCAAACCCCAAAUUGCACCGUUGCCCUGUCGCACUUCGAGAAACACGGAUGGGUCGAGCAGUUCGAGCCGCCGGUGUUCAGCGAGGAUGGAGACUCCUUCCUGACGAUUCUGCCGCAAAGGCAGCACGACGCCAGCUACUGGAGGCAUGCAGUCGCAAUUACGAACGUAUCCUCAGGCAGGCCGAAGACUACAGCCCUGACUUCUGGCCGGUUCGUCGUCACGGAGAUAGUUUCUUGGGAUCAGGAGAAGUCCUACCUAUACUACCUGGCCACGACGGAAGAGGAGUCCGCUGUGCAGCAUUUGUACAGGAUAUCCAGCAAGGCUGCUAGCGGAGAACGGAAGCCGAGUUGUUUAAGCUGCGGGAUCGUCCGGGACACGGAUAGAAAUAGGUGUCUCUACAAUACCGCUAAGUUUUCCACCGAUCAUUCGCAUUACGUGCUCACUUGCGCCGGCCCUGGAGUACCUGACAUCGCCGUUUACAACCGGAACACGGCGAAGCUGGUAGUAUGGGAGGAUAACGAGGCCGUAUCGGAGAUCAUCACGGAGAAAUCGCAACCGGUGGUACGCCGCUACAAGGUACCAGUUCCCGGUGGAUUCGAGGCCCGAGUCAGAUUACUGAUUCCACCGAACGCAGAUUUGUCAGGCGCAACCAAGUAUCCCAUGCUGAUUUUCGUAUAUGGCGGACCAGAUUCGUAUCAGGUCACGGAGAAGUUCAACGUCGACUGGGGCACGUACCUUGUAACGAACAAGAGCAUCAUUUACGCGACCAUCGACGGUCGUGGCUCCGGUUUAAUGGACAACGACAUGCUGUUCGCCGGAUAUCGAAACCUAGGAACAGUCGAGAUCGCCGAUCAGAUCAACGUAACCAGGUACUUACAAGACACGCUUCCGUUCAUCGACCGCGGCAGGACAGCGAUAUGGGGUUGGAGUUAUGGUGGAUACGCGACGGGCAUGACGCUCGCCAUGGAUUAUCACGGUGUCUUCAAGUGUGGCAUGUCGGUGGCACCUGUAACAGAUUGGGCUCUUUACGAUUCGAUCUACACGGAACGGUUCAUGGGGCUGCCGAGAAUGGAGGACAAUCUGCACGGCUACGAGCAAGGCCAACUGCUGAACAAAGUGGAUAACAUUAAAACGAAGAUGUACUACCUGAUCCAUGGAACCUUAGACGACAACGUGCACUAUCAGCAAUCUUUGUUGCUUGCCAAGGUUCUCGAGCAGAAGGACAUCCUGUUUCGGCAACAGACCUACACAGACGAGGAUCACGGAAUCGCUCAGUCUCGAGCACAUCUCUACCACUCGUUGGAGAACUUCUUGGACGAGUGCUAUGAAACCUCAUGAUCGCAACGUUUAGGAAGAAAGACAAUCUAAAUCCUCUGCGUCACCUGCCUCACAUUCCACUUGUAAAUACCUUACCACGUGUACAUACUCGAUGUACAAUAUGUAAUAUGAAGCGUUACGGUAAAUAAUUUGAAAGAGAAACUAACACGUACAGUCGAUUCGAUGAUUAUCAGUAGUGGGGGAACUUCUAUACUGUACUCAAGAUGGAAACAGUUUUCCUUUUGCGAAAUGCGUACAAUGAUAAUCGUGCCAAGAAUGGGGAAUUUUAUAGAUCAUUCGAGUCGAGUGUACCUCUCGAUUGUUAAGAGACACAGAAUUGGUCCGAGGAAUUUUUUAAAUCUAUUUUUUCGAAGUGACCAGUUCAUCGAAGGCCUAAUGGUCUCGAGACAAGAAAAUUUCUAGCCCCUUAUAAAUAAAUACAUCUAACGAAUGACAGAGUAACGAAACGUUUCACAUCCUGUGAAACGCCCUGUAGAAGCGAGUUGCGCGAUGCAAGUGUGGUACAACAAACAACGGUAGCUCAAAGAUAAGACGAAUGUUUAAUUUUUUUUCUGUGAAAUAUAUUGUAUUGUUAACGAACGAAUGUUAUUAACUAUUGUAGCGACGAGAAUUCGUAUGUUUAAUUACGAAUUUACGAGACAUGUUCCUCUUUCGUUUCAAGCGUUACAUGGGA